AUGGCAGUUGCUUCCAAGAAAACUAUCUCAAUUUUAAAGUAUGAUAGCAAAGAAUCAACAUUUAAAUUUAUACAAGAAGUGGUACUUUCAGAUGAAGUGAAAUCCUUGAAUUGGAGCCGAGAAAAACUUUGUGUUGGUCUCAAAAAGGAAUAUUCAUUAAUUGAUUUACAAAAGCUUCCCAUAGGUCAUCAAAAGGUAAUGGAUUAUGUGAAUCGAGUUCAACAAAAUACUUUUGGAUUGUCACUUCCAAAUGAAACCGUUCUCUCUGUGAAUAAGAUAGGGGUAUUUAUCGACUCUUCUGGUUCAAAAUGUAGAUACAUUACUUGGAGUGAGGUUCCAAACAUGGUGGCUUAUUUAAAUCCAUUUCUCAUUGCAGUAUUAUCAGCAGGACUUGAAGUUAGAAUUUUACAUGAUCAACUUACAAGUGAGACUCUGGUCCAGAAUAUUCCACUCAAGGAUGAAAUCAUUGCAAUGAGCCAGCAAAAUUUCAUAGAUUUUGACAAUCCACAAAACAUUGACAGAGGUAUGGGGGUUGGAUCUACUUCUAGGGAUAAGAUUGAUAGGGAUGAUGAAAUAGAUCCAUCAAAUAGAUGCUUCCUUGCAUCUAAGGAUGCCAUUUAUGUAAUAGUCAUGAAGCAAUUUGAUUACCAAGCUGGAGAACUCUUACAUAAUCAACAAUUCGAAAGGACUCUUCAAAUCUGUGAAGCAGUUGAAAAUAGCAUCUACAAGUUGGAGAGUUGGAGAAUUGAAGCUAUUCACACAGAGUAUGGUUUCUACCUUGUCACUAAUGGUGAUUUUGGAAAAGCUAUGGUCCACUUCUCCAAGGGCAAUGUUGAUCCACGUAUGAUUAUCUCUCUAUUUCCUGAUUUAAUUCCAAGAUCUAUCGUGUAUCGGGAUUCAUUUUUCCUACCUUACACACCAGAAGAGAAGCAAAAGAUUGAGCUCUUCCUUGCAGAUACUGAACAACGAAAAACUGGCCUUCAGGCUCUCGUUCAAUAUUUACUUAAUAUAAGAAAAGAUUUGGACAAGUACUUUAUUGAGACAGUAGAUACAUCACUCUUAAAGGCACUUGUUUUAACAAAUGAUCCUCGCACAGAGGAAUUCAUUUCUCAACCAAAUCAUUGUAAUAUUUCAGAGAGUUUAAGCUUUAUUCUAUGUGAUGACCAAAACUUUAGAGAGUUGGUUCUUUUCUGCAAGACUAAAGACUUACAUGCAAAGGAACAGCAAUUACUGAAAUUAUUGGAGGAAAAGGAAUUUCUUCUUUCAAUUUUGAAGAAAAAUGGCUUGUCCCUUGAAUACGCACCUAUUUGCUACAGAAAUGAUAGAAAGAUUGUUUUGGAAGCUUUCAAACAAAAUGAAAAAGCACUUAAAUAUGCAUCCCAAGAAUUAAAGGGUGAUAAGAUACUCAAAUUACACACUUCCAUUGUACAUGUUGUAGAUUUUGUUUACUUGGAAGAAGAAGGGCUCUAUAAUUUGUUAUCCAAGACAAUAGAUUCGAAUAUUAUCGGCUUUAAUGAUGAUGAAUCUGAUAAUGCAUCUGAAUUGCCUCCUUCAGAGUGUUCUUUAGAGUUUGUACAGACUUGUAUUGUUAUUUGGAUUUUAAAGCUUAUAGGUGAGAACUACUUGCAGGUAGAAGCAAACAUUACGGAAACAAUUGACUAUUUCCUAUUUUGUAUGAACUUGGAAACCUUGUUAAAAGAUCGUAUCCAAAAGAUCACCAAAAGAAGCAAACUAGUUGAAACAAUUAAUGAUAUUUCAAACGAAUUUUCGUUUCACGCUUACUCAGAGCACGAGUAUAGCUCAAUAAUUUAUUUGCUUUACAAAACGAACGGGAAAGAUAUCAAAUCAAUUUUAUCAGAAUAUAGAAAUACCACAGGAACUACCCAUAGAGUGCUUACAGCAGCUAUUAUUUUUAGAGAAAACUCUUCCUUCAAGCGCUAUCAUUUAUUGUCCACGUUGGGUUAUGGAGCUGAGGGGGUUGUUUUCAAAGCUUUCGAUUUGGAGCUUAAAGAAACUUUUGCCAUCAAAAUCAAAUUUGAAUCAGAAUAUGAUUUAGAUCACACAAAAAAGAGAAUUGAGUUUUUAAAGCAAGAUAUUGAAGGUAAAAUCAAAUGUUUUGAUUGUGGAAUUAUAGAGUUUGGACAUUUAAAGACAAAGCAUUUGUAUACUAUAAUGGAAAUGGGAGAUGAAUCGCUUAGGAAAAUAAUAGGAAAGAAUAAUAUUAAUCAAAAAACAAUGGAAAAGAGUCACUUAAUUGAAAUACUUGAGAUAUUUUCCAAGAUUUUAUAUUCAGUUCAAACAAUACACAAUCACAACAUUGCUCAUAGAGAUUUGGAUCCAAAUAAUAUUGUUAAAGUGAAUGACACAUUUAAAAUUAUUGAUUUUGAUCAAUCUAGAGUUGUGGAACUAGGAAAAUCAAUAACAAUCAAUGUUGGAAAGUAUUCAUAUAUGGCUCCAGAAGUUUCAGAUAACACCUACGAAGAAGAGAACCGUCAAGAUUUAACAUACGACUCAAAACUGAUUCAAAAUAGAGAGGUAUCCACAUCGUGUGAUAUUUUCUCUAUGGGCUGUAUUUUUUUGGAAUUACUAACUAAUUGUCCAUUAAGAUUGGACAAAGGAUUCAUCAAUGGAACAGACCUCUCACUCUUCAAUGAAAAGCAUAGAUAUUUUACCUAUGAUGGAUUGUAUUUUCACUCAGCAGUAGUUACAUUGGAGGGAGAAUUGAAACUCCAUCAUGCCAUAAAAUUGUGGAUAGACAACCAUAUUAACAAUCAAUUCGGAGUCAAUGAGAUAAUAACAAGGUGUCUCAUUUCAAUGAUACAGAGAAACGCCAAAAAGAGAUUGGACUGUUUCACCUAUAAGUUAAUCAUUGAUUCUGUGAUCAAUUAUUUAAAAGGUGAAAUUACAGACCUGAGCAUGGCUAUUGAGAAUGAAAUGAAAGAAUUGCGUGAAGUGAGACCCUUGUUGAACUAUUCUGAAAUGAUCCAAGAAAAUUUCAAUUUACAAAAAGAUGUGGACAUGCUGAGAAAAGAAAAUGAAAAACUCAAGUUGGAGUUGGAAGAAUUGAGAAGAGAAAAUAAGAAAUUACAUUAA